AUGAAAACCUCGCCAGCCGUGGUGGCCGUCGCCGCCGCCGCCGCCUUGAGCGCUCCAAUCGUUUCCGCCAUCCACCUCGCUCCCCACUCCGACGCUUCUCCACGAACACUGAGUCUGCCUAUAGAAAGAAGACAUGUUCCCGAUAUUCUUGCACAUGAGAAAUCACGGUUGCGAAAGAGGCAGACGUCAGGAACCGUCGAGCAGACACUGGACAACGACCAGAGCCUCUACUAUGCUAAUAUCACACUCGGCACGCCCGCUCAAUCGUUACGGCUGCACAUCGACACGGGCAGUUCAGAUCUGUGGGUGAACACUGCCAGCUCUUCCUUCUGCCUAUCGAGUGCGGAUAAUUGCGAAGGCGGGACGUAUUCGUCCUCCCAAUCAUCCACCUACAAAUUUGUCAACGACCAGUUCAACAUCUCUUACGUCGACGGCAGUGCGGCGAUUGGCGACUAUGUGUCCGACACUCUGAGAUUUGGCGGCGUUACGCUGAACGACUUCCAAUUCGGCAUCGGCGAGACCUCCUCUUCCCAACAAGGCGUGCUAGGCAUCGGCUACAUGUCAAAUGAAGUCCAAGUCCAGCGCGCCAACCUGGACCCAUAUCCCAAUCUUCCUCAAGCACUGUUGAACGCCGGUCACAUCGCCACGAACGCAUACUCGCUGUGGCUGAACGACCUGGACGCCUCGACGGGAGAAAUCCUGUUCGGCGGCGUCAACACGGAAAAAUACGAGGGCGAGCUCGCCACCCUCCCCAUCCUCUCCGAAAGCGGCGAAUACUACGAACUCACCCUCGCCUUGACGGGACUGACGAAUGCCGGCUCCGACCUCUCCUCCUCAUCCUCGCUGCCCACAGCUGUGCUGCUUGACUCCGGCGCCACGCUCACCUACCUCCCCAACGACAUCGUCCAAGAAAUCUAUAAUUCGGUGCAAGCGGUCUACCAGUCCGACGUGGGCGCCGCGUACGCACCGUGCGCAUUGGCCUCCUCCUCCGCCACCAUCGACUACACCUUCUCCGGCGUGACUAUCAAGGUGCCGUACAACGAACUCUUCCUCUCUGCCGGGACCAACAACUUCGGCCAGCCCAUCACCUUUUCCAACGGUGACGAAGCCUGCCUGUUUGGCAUCGCCCCCGCUCAAAGCGGCAUGGCCGUUUUGGGGGAUACCUUCCUGCGGUCCGCCUAUGUGGUGUACGACCUCGAGAACAACGAGAUCAGCCUGGCGCAGACCGUCUUCAACUCCACGACCGACAAUGUCCAGAUGAUCACGAAGGGUGAAAAUGGCGUCCCGAACGCCAGUCCCGUCUCCGACCCGGCAAGCGACGUGAGUGCGACCAACGGCGGCGCCAGACUUGGCGAAUCGUCAGCCACGGGCACCAACGCGGGUUCCAAGGAUAAGCAAGCUUCAAGCAUGAGUGCCAUGGUCGUGGCAGUUUUUGCGGUGGCUGCGUUGGUUUUGUCGUGA